AUGACCAGCAUCUCAGCAUUGGAGAGUGAAGGCAGCAAGGAAGGGGAACUGGAGGUUGAGGUGAUUGGAGCCAAAUUGGAGGAGGAUGCACCAGAAGUCAAGGGAGGAGGAGUUGGACUGGGAGAUGGAGACUUGAUAACAGACAGCUCAAGCAACACAACACCAGUUGCAAGGAAUGGGUGGGUGGAUAGGAAAGCCACUGUCCUUCGAAGUGCACUCAAUGAGCUUGAUGUGCCAAUCCAGCCAGUAAACAUGCCAUUGGAGACCAGAUUCCCCAAGAUGGUCCACAUUCUGGACCUUGAGAAGUCAGCUAAGGAGCAAAGAGGGAUGAAAGAAGGAUGUGUGGCCAGUCAAGGGAGAGUCAGCAGGAAGAUGGUCUGGGCCAGGCUCAGAGGCAUUGAGCACCUGGAGAUGGAGGGUCCAGAGGACCAGGGAGUGAAGGGAGAGGGUGUGCAAGACAGUGUGACAGUGGACAUGGACAUGGACAUAGAUGAUGGGAUGUCUGGGAGCAUGUCAAAGGUUGGAAGAUCAAGAGCAGGGCUAGGGUCCAGUUCUUGGAUGAUGACAGUCACAGGCAUGGGCUCCAUGGGGUGGAAGCUGGAGGACAGAGGUGGCAUGUGCAAGGUUGUCAGCUGGGAUGCCAACAUUGGGAGAUGGGUUGUUGGGAUUGGACAACAUGGGAGUGAGGGCAAGAAAAAGAUGAGUGAGGAAAAAUGGAGGGAAUGUGCAAGAUGCUACAAACUCAAGCAUUUGGAAGGCAGAGAGAGUUGGGAGAGGGGCCAGUGUACCAUAGAAAGAAUGUGGUGUAGAGCAGAGGAAGCCUCCCUGGGUUCAAGUAAGAGGUUAGCUUUGGAGAUGUGGAAUAUUGAGGGCAUGAGGUGUCAUUUUGUUGGGGAUUCUCCACCACCCUUCCUGGAGAUUCUCCAGGGCAGCAAUUUAAUAUGGUUGGAGAAAAUGUUUUCUCUGUAA